UAUGCCUAACAUCUUCAUCAAUGUCGCCAUCCUUUUGUAGCAUCGAACCUAAAUACCGAAAAAUGUCCUUAUGGGCCACCGCUUGCCCAUCGAGACUAGCGUCACCACCCUCAUGCCUAGAUGUGCUGAAAUCGCACAUUAUGUACUCAGUCUUGGUCCUACUAAGUCUGAACUCUUUUGACUCUAAUGUGCGUCUCCACAGCUCUAACUUCAUAUUUACCCCUGCUCUACUCUCGUCCACUAGCACCACAUCAUCAGCAAAGAGCAUACACCAAGAGAUAUCAUCUUUUAUGCCCCUUGUGACCUCAUCCAUCACCAAAGCAAAUAAAUAAGGGCUCAAUGCCGACGGCCGACCCCUGAUAACUGAUUCUAUGACAUAUUUAGGUUGUUUUGAACUAGGUUGGCAGAUUGUGGCAGCAGUGUUGAAAACAGUUUUACUGGUUAUGCCUUCAUGGCUGAUCUGUAGAAUAUAACUUGAAAGUCCUAUUUCUCUACUUUUAGCUCAAUAUUCACAUCUUAUCUACUGUUGGUAUUUAGUUUGGUUUGCCAUUACUACAAUAUUGAUGUCCCAGAUUUCUUUAAUAGGUAAUUUUUACUGGAAAAACCUGCAAUUGUCAUUUUGUCAAUCUUGUUUCUAUUUAAAUAUAGCUCCUAUUUUACUGGAAAAAACCUGCAAUUGUCUUGAGUCUUGACUUUACUAAUGGAAAAUGUGUCUUCCUCAGUGAAAUUGGAAGAGGAGCAUGAGACUCUUGGUUAAUGCCACUUCAAGAGCAGGCAAAUACAGUUUGCAAGAAGGUCAAGACAAUGAAAGAGCUCAGCGAAGGUUACAACAUAGUCGGCCUGUCUCAGGGGAACUUAAUUGGCCGGGCCGUAAUUGAGUACUGUGAUUGUGGACCACCGGUCAAGAAUUUCAUCUCAAUUGGGGGUCCUCAUGCUGGUACAGCUUCAGUGCCACUUUGUGGUUCUGGGUUUCUUUGCAUUCUUAUUGAUAAUCUGAUUAAAUUGGAGAUAUAUUCAGACUAUGUCCAGGCACAUCUUGCCCCUAGUGGUUACCUAAAGAUACCCACUGAUAUGGAAGGUUAUUUGAAGGGUUGCAGAUUUCUUCCUAAGCUUAACAAUGAGAUACCAAGUGAAAGGAAUGCUACAUAUAAAGAAAGAUUCAGCUGCUUGGAGAACUUGGUAUUGAUCAUGUUUGAGGAUGAUGCAGUCUUAAUACCUCGGGAAACUGCAUGGUUCGGUUAUUACCCUGACGGUGCCUUUAACCCAGUGCUCCCUCCUCAAGAGACAAAGCUCUACACUGAAGAUUGGAUUGGCUUGAAGACCCUGGACGUGGCUGGGCGUGUUAAAUUUGUGUCUGUGCCAGGUGGUCACCUGCGCAUCUCCAGAAGCUGACAUGAAGAAGUACAUCGUGCCUUACUUGAAGCCUGAUGCGUCAUCCAAGCAGAGCAUACGCCGGAUCUUGUAAGUUUGAGAGUGUAUAAGGCGCGCGGCUGCUUUAUUAGAAGCGAACCACGUUCAUAUUUGGGAAAUGUCUGUAUCAGCUGGAUCCCGUAUUGAUGCCUUGUAAAUACGCUAAACGUGAAGGGAAGAAAUGAAAGCCUAGUGAUGUUUUGAUCGGUUCUUCA